AUGGAGUGCACACGUGGGGUUAGGAUCAAACGCGUGUUCCGGCUUCGAAGUUUCGUGUCGCCACUCUCGCUGCGCCCCAACGCGCGCGUGGAUCCGGAGCAGCCUCUUUCCUCAGACCAUCAUCCGUUCCUCAAUGCCCUGCAGGCGAUGAGCAGCACGACGCUCUGGUUACCCUCCCGCUUACUCGGCUUUGUCAACGUUCUAUAUCUCUCCUCAUUUGCGAAUUUAUUCAAUCAUCCCAAGCCGGCUCGCAAGGCGGGGAACUGUCCACUUCGAUGGCUGAACGAGACGGGACUCGAGCGUUGGGCGCGUGAAAUGGAUCCUGCACCAUCGUUAAUGGUGGGAGAAACCAAUAGACAGCUACAACGUGACCACGUAGACUACCUCGGGAUCGCUAUACCAUGGCCGCGUCUAAACUGGCCAUUCGAACUGUUUCAGGUCUCGCCACGUCGUAGACGCCCUGAACUGGAAUCUACACCGCCAAAUGACUAUGAUCCUUCGCACUUGCCUACGCCAUCUCCCGACCAACGGCAACCCACACCUCCGCCUCCCAAAGAGGAGAAGAAGAAGCUGCCAGCACCACCUCGCGAACGAGAUGGCACUAUUCACAAGCUUAUGCAGAAUCCGGCCCUCAGAGAUCCAUUACGGGCACCCAGAUAUCCCAUCGUGUUAUGUCACGGCUUGUAUGGAUUUGAUGUCCGAGGACCGAGCGCUAUACCUGCUCUUCGCAUGCACUACUGGUCAGACGUACGGAAUAUUCUGCGUAAGACCGUAGGCGCAGAUCUCAUCAUCGGCUCUGUACCAGGAACCGGUUCCAUAGCCUCUCGAGCAGCAGAGCUCGACCGGUUCUUACAAACACGCGCACGCGGACGUGGAGUCAACUUGCUUGGCCACAGCAUGGGCGGCCUUGAUGGUCGGCAUCUUAUCACCCACAUCCGUCCGCGCGAGUACGCUCCGCUUUCUUUAACAACCGUUGGUACACCACAUCGAGGCAGCCCAUUCAUGGACUGGUGUCAGGAUUACCUCGGCAUAGGUCGCGUUAAGGACGAGGCUCUGCCGGCAAAAGCGCCGCCCAAGACCGCAGAAUGGGAUGAAGUUGAAGAUUUGCCGCCAUGGCCCACAGAACACGACCACGUACCAGCCAACUCAUACACGUCUGGCCCAUCCGCUUCGUGGUUCUCUGUACCUUCGUCGUCCUCUUCGCCCUCACUCUCCGACCCUCAGCCGCGUGCUUCGCCGAAGCAACCUUCGACCGCGUCCAAGUCCGCUUUGGCCUCGCUCAGCUUAUCCAGUCUCCCGAGCUCGCUCACAAUGCUCUUGCUCGGGAUGUUCGACAGCCCGGCAUAUGGCAACCUCAGCACGGAUUACCUCGAACACGUCUACAAUCCGCGAACACCAAACGAUCCACGCGUACGCUACUUCUCAGUAGGCGGGCGUGCUCCGCGGCUGAAUGUCUGGCAUCCGCUCUGGCUGCCGAAGUUGGUCGUCGACGGAUGGGAAGAGCGAGAACGAGAACGCGCGCCUGAUGGUGGUGAUUUGAGCGGGUGGGGCAACGACGGCUUGGUCACAGUACGCUCUGCGCGCUGGGGAGAGUACCUCGGGACGUUGCACGACGCGGAUCACUGGCGUUUGCGCGGUGCCGGCGGCUUCGAGCUUGGCGAGCAUCUCAGCAUGCCGUCAUUGGGCAUUGUGUCAAACCAGUUCUCCUGGCUGGCGCGGGCGUUCGGGCGUGAAGCACAAGAGGAUGAGAGGGCGGCCCGGGAGAAGGAGAGUGAAGCGGCGCGGGAGCAGGCAUUGGGAGAUGAGGGGAAGGCGCAGGAGGAACAGCAGACUGCGGAUGCGCUCAGGCGGAGCACGGAGCGUUUGAGCGAGGUUGUGGAUUGGAUCGUCGAUAGCGUGCCUACGGAGAAGAUCCCGACGCUGUCGUUCACGAAGGAUGCUGUUGAGAAGGAGCAGGCUGAGGUCGAGAGGGAGAAGAGGGAGAAAGAGGAGAAGGUGCGAGAGAAGGGCGAUCUGGAGACGGAUGAGGAUCUUGAGCAGUUCUAUGUUGCGUUGGCAAGAAAGUUGUACGACGAGGGGUUAUAG